AUGAGCGCGUGCGCGGCGGCCGCCAUGCGCGAAAAGCACGCGGCGCCGCGCCGCCUUGCCUCCCCGCCCUCUUCGCCCCUCGAGCGACAUCCCAGCCCCCUUGGCUCUCCGCGCGCCGACGAGCCUCUUGACCUGCGAGUUACGCACAAACGCCCACCGCGGUUAGAAGAUGAGAACUGUAACCUUAUUAUCCCGUCGCCGCCGCCGCACCCGACGCACCCGACACAUCCGGCCCACCCAGCUCACCCGGCCCUGCUGCAAUUCUGCCGGCGACUGCCUCUCGCCCUGCCGGCAUCGUUCGGUCGCUAUCCGUUCCUGCCGGCGGCGGCUGCGACCCUCCUCGCACCAGGCGCUCCGAGGGCGCCACCAGUUCCUCAAAAUCCAGGAGUGAACAGAGCGCGCGACCGAUACACUUGCUCCUAUUGUGGAAAAGCGUUUCCGCGUAGUGCAAAUCUGACGAGACAUUUACGGACUCACACGGGCGAGCAGCCCUACCGCUGCAAGUACUGUGAACGAUCCUUCUCAAUAUCAUCCAACUUGCAACGACACGUGAGGAACAUUCAUAAUAAAGAGCGACCGUUUCGAUGUCGUCAUUGCGACCGCUGUUUCGGCCAGCAAACCAAUUUGGAUAGGCAUCUGAAGAAGCAUGAAGCUGAAAACGGGGACGACAACCGUCGGAGAUCACCAGAAGAGACCUACUUCGAAGAGAUCAGGUCGUUUAUGGGACGCGUCGCACCCGCACGUCGCGCUGGUACGGCUGCUAGUGUUGCAGACCACACCUGAUAGUAAACUUUAACAAAUCCCCCCAAACAAUAAUCUGGUCGAUACAUCCAAAUGACUCUUGUGUAAUUACAACUGUACGUCUGACUGUGAGUUGACGCUUGACCGAUUUGUGAACAACGCCAUUAAUUAUCUACUAUGUACGAAAACAUUCCAUCUGGCUGUAAAAUUUUAUAAGUUGCAUAUACAU